UCUGAGAAGUGUAUUUAUUUACUACUCUCGAAUUUUAAGUCAUAUGUUGAACUCACGUAAAAUCUGAAGUGUCCUGUGUGGUAUUAAUUUUUUUCAGUGAUCACUUAGAAGACGAGAUGUGUUUUAGAUAACAGUAAAAGUAGUAAUAUACAUUUUACAUUUGAUAACUGGGAAAAUACUACAUUCCUUUCUCUUAAUACCCAUUUGUUAUUGGUUCAAGUAUAGCCACCGGCACUAAAUUCUGAUUGGCUGAAAGCAUGGUGGAGAGCAAAAAGUCAGAUGAUUGUACGAUGACGUCACUGGACGUGUAAUUCCUAUGUUAAUGAGGUAUUCAAGAUGGAGUUCUUUAAUAUAGUCUAGCUAAUGUCGAGGAGAAAGCAUUUAAGUCAGUUUUGGAUUAUCUGUGCAAAAGAUGCCGAAAAGACGAAAUGGAGAAAUUCCUCUUCCAGACGGAUGGGAUGUGGGUCAAGAUUUUGAUGGAAAAAUUUAUUUUAUAGAUCAUAUAAAUAAGAAAACAACAUGGAUUGAUCCUCGCGACAGGUAUACCAAACCUCAGACAUUUGCUGACUGUGUAGGUGAUGAGCUACCUUUUGGCUGGGAAGAAUGCUAUGACAAUCAAAUUGGUGUAUAUUACAUUGAUCACAUUAAUCAAUCCAAUCAAAUUGAAGAUCCUCGACAACAAUGGAGGCAGCUUCAGGAAGCUAUGCUAAAGGACUACUUGCUUACUGCUCAAGAAGAUUUAGCUGCCAAAAAAGAAAUUUUUGAUAUAAAGCAACAGCGAUUGUCUCUUGCUCAAGAUGAAUAUCAUCAUUUGACUGCAGCUCUUCAGGGUCUGAGCUCAUGUCCAUCAAAUAUGAGUCUCUGUUCAUCUGGAUCUGCUGCAUCAUCUACUAGCAGCUGCACAACUAAAUUCGAUCCUGAUCUUCUAAAAGCUGAUGUUGCAUUAGCCAAAGAUAGAGUAGCAAGGCUUAAAAGAGAAUUGGAACAAAUUCGUACUGAGAUGUAUUAUAAAGAGCAAGGUUUGGAAGCAUUAUCACAGGUGGAUCAGCAAUUUUCUGGGCAGACAACUAGUUAUACUUUGGCUGAGGCACAAGCAAUUAUGGAAGAACUGCGAAACAUACAAAAAUCGCUCAGUAGUGGGGAAAAAGAGAAAGCUGAAUUAAUGCAGAGCUUAUCAAGGUUGAAAGACGACCUUUCACGAUUACAACCAUCAUCACCUGAUGCUUCAUCUAUGAAUAUUCCUCUAGAAAAAUUUAGCACAGCUUCUCAGACUGAUUUGUCAGGCGAGUUUGCUCCGAUUGGUGCUAGAUUGGCUGAAAUGGCAAGAAUGAGGUUACAGUAUGAUGAAGCAAGAAAGGAAGUGCAUAGAAUUCAACAAGAUCUGACAGAUCUUGAAGAAAAAAUGUCUCCAGGGCAAUCAGAAUCUGAUAAAGACAGGCUGCUCCUCAUUCAAGAAAAAGAGCAGCUCCUACGAGAGUUGCGUAGCAUCAACCUGAAGGGUCGAGGUGAAUCUGAGAUAAAUGCAAUUCAAGGAGAAAUUUGUAAACUAGAACAAGAACUUGAUAAUGCUAUGGAGAUGUCGAACAGAGCAAUAGCUGAUAGAUUGAAACUUCACGAACAAAAGAAUUUAUUGUUGUUGCAACUUAGAGAUUCAAUGCGAGUAACCAUGUCUUUAGAGUCUCAGUUAAAAAGUCUUUCUGCUAGCACAUUGUCUGUGUCCUCCAGUAGUUCUCUUGGAUCUUUGAGUACUGGAUCAUUAUCAGCAAGCAGUAAGGGUUCUUUAAGCAGUUUAAGUUUCACAGAUAUAUAUGGUCUUCCUCAGUGUUCAGUUGACCCUACUCUUCAGGACUUGCAUAAACGUGUAGGCCAUUUGAUUCAAGGCAAUUCACAAGUCAAUGCACCUACUAGUUUUGAAGAUCCUGCCACUACAUCCCUUUCAGUUGGUCAUAGUGUUCCAUCUCUAUCGCCACGUUCAUCAUUAUCUUCCAUCUCUCCACCAGUUUCACCAUAUGAAUAUGGCCCUCCUCCUAGUUAUGAACAGACUCAUCUAGAACGCCUACAAAGGCAGCUGCCAUCAAGCAUAGAGGAACAGUUAUCUGAUUUGAAACUUUCUCCUUGUGCUGCAGAAUGUUUAAGAACUGAACAAAAUGUGUUUAAUGAUCAAAAGCUGCGUUCAAGUGGUAUGUUUCUUGUAGGUGAGCAGAAUAUAAAUUUGAGAAGUUAUGGAGAAUCAUCAAAUGAAACUCAUAGCAAUCCACCUUUAAGUCCAAUUUGUGAAUUAGGAAGCGAUGAUCUUCAACCUUGUACAUACCCUAGUUCUAAUAACAAAAGUGUUUCUGCUGCUGUUAGUGAUGAAUCUGUGGCUGGAGAUAGCGGUGUGUUUGAAGCAUCAAAUAAAAGACUUGCUGAGGAUCGCUUUGGUCUCAGUGAAUUGAAUUUAGAAACAGCCCAAGUACAAGUUAAAUUAAGAUAUUCAAUAGAAGAUGGCCUUCUUCAUGUGGGUAUUGAAAGAGCCCGCAAUUUAACUGCUUUAUCUGUUCCCGAGUAUUAUAAAGUUUGCAUCAAAGUUGCAUUGUUACCAAUAUCUUCUGAUGAAUUGGGCACCUUUACUACAAGUCCUUUAGAAAAUUUAAACAAACCAACUAUUGGAGAAACUUUUAGAUUUAAUGUCCCUCUUAGCAAAUUAUGCACCAAAACACUGCAGGUAAACAUAUGGUCUGUUGGAAGCAACACUGAAGAAGAAUGUUUGGGCAGUUCCCAAGUUAGUCUUGCUGAUUUUUGUCCAGAAAGUACUGUGACAAAAUGGUACAAUGUGCUUAGCUUUCGUUUUAUGCAGCCAGAUCCUCUCCCUGAGAAAUGCCAUAAGAGAAAGGACAAUGAUGUUCGCUCAGAUGUAGCAGAGCAAUUGCAUACAAAAACCUUUGUGUUUAAAGAGGAAAGCAGUGACGAAUCUACCAUUAUAUCAUCUCAAACAUCUACUUUAACUAGAAAUCAAGGAUCUGAAAUGGUAGAAUGUGGAAUAAUUGGAGAUGAUGAUCUUGAAAGUGGAGAUGAUGAUGAUGAUGAGGAUGAUGAUGAUGAAGAUGAUGAAAAUGAAGCAGGUGCAAUUGAAGAUCUACAAACCUGUAUAGACUGUGAAGCAGAGCGCUUAGCAACUGAGGUCACAACUGCAUCCUGUGUAGAGCUAUGUGACAAAGAAACAAAUACAGAAUGUGUUUUCUUACCAGAGAAGGCGCUAAAGAAACGAUCAGAUGAAGCCACGAAAAGUGCAGCUAUUAAAAGAUCACAAACAUUUUCUCCUAGUGCAGCUGUUAAUAAACAUCAGUAUAUAUGUAGACUGAAUCGGAGCGACAGCGAUAGUUCUAUGCCUUUGUAUCGCAGAGGAGGACCUUUUCAAAGAAAUUCUCUUGAAAGGAGAAGUUUGAGAUGGAAAAAGCCUCCUGUGGCUUGUUCAAAGCACAGAACAUCUAAUUAUGUUAAGUCCAACACCGUUAGAACGUCUUUAGACCUUGCUUUAGACUUACAAGCAUUUCAGAGACGUCUCAGUCAGCAACAAGAAGAAAUAAAUAGAUUGAAAGAACUGAAACGACGCCUGGAGGAGUCAAAAACUAAAGGUGACUGUGAUGUACCUCAGUGGGUAUCAGAAAAUGAGAGUCUACAGCAGAUUUUAGCUGGUGUGAGUAAGGGAGUUACAAAACCCAAUUCAGAAGAUAAAAAGAUUGAAAAGUUAUUGAAGAAAACAUCUAGAGAAAUCUAUAAACUCCGGAAAAGUCGUAAAAAGCAACCUGAUAUUACUUCUUUUAGAGAAAAAAUGGCUUUCUUUACACGUGUUGAUAUGACAGUACCAUUACUACCUGCUGAGAUCGGUAUAGAAUCAAAUAAUGCAAAGAAAGAACAUGCACAGUUGAGGCCUUCGCAGAGUCAUAGUGGUGAUAAAAACAGCCAAAAGAGGUUUGAGUAUGUUGUUGAUCCAGAGUUAGGAGUUCAGGUUUGAUAUAGAACAGUAUUUUUUACAGUUGUACUUCAAAUUUCUCAGUUUGUAUGGCUACAUUAGAAAGUCUCUUAAGCUUUAGGACUUAUUGAGAAAGCCUGUUUUUAUGCUUCAUCUUAUACUUUUCAUUUGUUCAUGAAUUCAUGAAUAUUGAGUGCCAAGUAACAGAAAACAUUUCUGGUUACUCAUGUUGUUUAGACAUGUACAGUUUAUCAAAAUAGAUGCUGGCUUGUUAAUGUUUAUUAUGGUAUAAAAGUUUAUUAUGUGUUUAAUUCACCCCAGUCAUGCUGAAAUCAGGUUCUUUGUCUAUGCCAAAUGGUCUUUGUUGAGUUGUGUAUAUGUAUUCAUUAGCUUUUAAAAAAUAAUUGAAAAUACUAAGCUUGUGAGAAUGCACAGCAUUUGACAAUCAAAACUCCCAUUUGAAAUGGAACUUCAAAGUUUUAUGUUAUCUAAAAUUCUAUUGAAUUUUUAAUUUCAUUCUGGAGUUUUUCUAAUUGUGUCUUAAAGGACAACAAUAUCAUUGAAUUUUUCAAAAUCCUCAUAUAUUUGAAACGGCUUAUAAAUGCUUUCAUUUAUUGGCUGUUUAUUAUUUGCCAUAUUAUGCUUAUGACUCAAGAAAUGUCUUUCUGUGAUUUAUGUAUUCUACAGUAUAUUAUUGCUUGUGUCUUAAGCUGGUAUUUUAACUUAUUAUUCAGAUGAAAUCAAGUUUGUUGACACUAAGAUUCUUUUUGUCUAAAUGGCAAAAAGUAAAAUUUUGAUUAGAUGUGGUUUAUGAUUUAAGAAAUGAAUUUCUGUGAUUUUAUAUAUUUAUUCUUUAUAUAGCUUAUUAUAUUAGGCUAAUGUGAUUAAGUUAUUAUUCAUACACAAUCAAGUUUCUUUGUAAGAACUUUCAUGCGAUUAAAAAUAUAUGUUAAACAUAUAGGAAAUUUUAAAAUUAUUUUUGCUAUUUGAGAUAUGCAGUCGGAUUUAAGACUGAUCUGUAUUAUCUUUUUUUUAAUACUUUUAUUCUAAAAUGAACCAUUACUUUUGGUAAAUAUUUGUUAACUUUGUUGUUAGUAUCUGUUAAGACAUUUAUAAAAAUAUUAUUUAUAUUUAUUAAUGUAGACUCAUUAAAUGAAUUGCUUGCAAUUUUGACAAAUUUGUAUUCUUCCUAAAUUAAACUGUGGCCCUUUUUUGAAAUCUCCAAUCUGUUUUAACUUCUUAUUUAUUGGUCAUAAAGUAUUAAUAUUACUAUGCAAAGGCAAAAGUCUCAGUAUUUCAGAUAAAAACUAUAUAUAUAUAUAUAUAUAUAUAUAUAUAUAUUUCAAAAUUAUUGUUCAUAUCCGUAACUCAAGUUUCUUUUUGUAAGGAAUAGUGCAAUUAAGUGCUCUUUGAAUUGAAAAGAGCACAUUAUCAACUGCAUGGAGUAACGAUAUUAAGAUUUUGGAUUCAUGUUUUUAAAAAAAUAGCAAAAGAAAUUUCCUGUUGUAGUCGUAAUGAGACCCAUCAUGAUACUUCGCAGGAAAAACAUGCAGAUUAUCUGAUUUGUUUUCUUUUGAAUGACUUAGAAUGUCUGAAACUCGAGUGAAGCAAAUAGUUUCUUUUUGCUUCUUAUUUUUGAUGAUAUGGUAAAUUAAAUUGGGGAAUGCUGAUUUUUUUUUCAAAUUUAAAUCAAAUAUUCACUUGAACAUUAAAUACUCAAUAUGGUAAUUACUGAUUAUGUAAACUCAUGUUGGUUGACUCCCUAAGUUAUUUAAUUUGUUGCAAAAGUAACAUUAAUAUAUUUUGACAACAAUCAAAUGCAUUUUUGAGCUACUUAUUUGCAUGUUGUAUGUCUGAACUAUUCUUAGCAAGGGAAAGAAAAGUUGAUUCAGUUUUAUUUUUUUAUUGUGUUCUUAUCAAUCUCAUUUUCAUCGCUGAAGUAUUUUGAAAUCAUGCCAUUUAUAAAAUUUUUCCGGUUAAGUGCUAUAAUGAAUUUUUUAAUCAACUUUCCCCCCCUUUUUGAAUUCUCAGACUGAUAAGAGAUUACAUAGUAACUCUUAUGUCAGAGGCACAAUUUUAUAGCACUUCAAAUGUUUAUAUGUUGCAAUUAUUCAUUCGCAUCUUUUCCAAGUAAUAAAACGUGAAUCUCAAUGUUUUUACUCAUUGUUGAAUAAAUCACAAAUUUAAUUUUAGUUGGAGCGAUUCCAGUUUCUUCUAUGUCAAAUGCUAAUUUGUAUGCAUGAUAGUCAAAAUUAGUUGACAAUCAUUAGUAUCAACUUUUUUUGUUAAUAAUUUAAAUAUUUCAAUGGAUAUUUAUUAUCUUCUAAAUUUAUUUUUGUAAAGUGUACCUUCCAUUUAAUGUUUAUGUAUAAUUUUGAUAUUAAGAAGAAUAACGAUGUUUUAUUCAUAUAAAUCUGAGUAUUUUUUAAUUACCGAGUUAAUGUUUUUUUAGUCUCCUUGUUGUUAUGAUUUCUGUUUCUUUAUAUGUUGCAUUUAAAUGCCCCCGAAAAGCAACCAGUUAUUGCAAAUUAAAAAAAAAAUUUUUUUGAACGUAAAUUGUCUUUUUAUCUAUUAUCAUUACGAAGAAGAUCGUAUUCUUUGUACACAUUUUGGAUUUAAUUACCGAUUAUCUUGAUUAAAUGUGAAUUGAUUGAUUUAACUUGGAUCUGAUUAAAUUUAUUAUAAAUCUUAUUUUGAUAUUAAGAUCUGAAGUUACAUGAAAACAUUUAGUUUUUCUUAUUUCCCUCUUCAAGCAAUAUUUACUAUGUUGAGAAGAAUGCGUCGAGGAUAUCUUUGUAAGUUGAGUAUUAGAAAAAAACAAUAGUGUAUGUGUUGAGCGGUGAAUUAAAGAUCUCGAAAUUAAUUUAGUUUUAUGUGAAAUAAUAAUUUUAUUUUUAAAAGUAAUUUGCAGUUUUCACGAUCUGUAAGUAUCUUUUUCAGUUACAGUAUUUAAUUUUUUACUGUGCUUUAUAUAUUAGUAAUUUAAAAUUGGGGUUUGUUUUAAGAUGUUAUAUGUAUUUUUAGUAGGGAAGUACAGUCAGUCAUAUAUAAUUCUGUAUUGCAGUAGAUAAACUAAACUUUCUUUUUGGAAAUCUGUUUUAGAGUUAUUCCAUUUUAGGCAAAAUGCAGUACUUGUUGCUUUUCAGAAAUUGCCCUUUCUUAAGUAAAAGUUUAUAUCGAUCAUGAUUUGUCUAUUUAAAUUGUAAAAUAUAGUAUACUGUAUUAUCAACUUCUUGAAUAGAAUUGAAUGCUUUAUUCAAACUUGUUUGCAUGUUUCUUCUAGUCUGCACUUAGUUUCAUUGAAUAUUAAUUCUGAUUUUUGAUGAUAAUAUACACAUUUAAUGUAUAAUUUCCCCCCCUUUUUGGUACAAAAUGGCUGUUUAAAGUGUGUAAAAUAUUUCGUAACUAUCCUAUUUCAAAUUAUCAAUUUUAAGUAUUGCUAAAAAUUUAGGGUUUUUUAAAAAUAGUUUAAUAUUUGUUUAAAUUUGAGUUUGGAAGUCCAUGAAAUGGCUUACAUACUAUUUUAUUAAAUUUUUUUUGAAAUGAUUUCAUUUGUAAUAUAAUCAAAUAUACAAUUCUCAUGGUCUUUAUGUGUCCUUGAAUUUUUUUUAUGUGGCUGAUUAUUUUUUAAUUGUAAGGCUUAGUAAUCAUGCAUAGAAAUUACCCUCAAGUUAUUAGGAAAUAUAAAUGCUAUGAAAGUUUUCUUUUUAUUCGAGAUACACAGAAUGAUUUUCAUGCAAUUACCCCCCCCCCCCCCCCGUUGAGUUUCGGAUGGUAACAGCAGUAAAUGUUAAGCAUAAUCAUUUUAUUUUGUUUGUGAGUGCUUAAAAUGUCAUUUGAAAGAAAGAAAUGCUGCUUUGAAAUUUCGAAAAUAGAGAUUAAACUGUGCUCUAAAUAUAAUGUUUCCUUUACUUUUGCUUGUUAAUUUGAGCACUGAUUUUUAGAAUUUUUUAGUAGUCAAGGAAUUGUAUUGGUGAUAUAAAAUGAACAUGAGAAAAAAUUUCAUUCCUUUAUUUAAGUCGUAAGAGAGGUUUGCCAAAUCUUUCUCUUUUUUUUUUUUAUAUUCUUAUUUUUGCAUUAAAAAUAACAGAAUCGAAAGUCCUUUUUCUACUCAAAUCGAACACUUUUUGGUGCUCUGAAUAAUUUAUAUCAAAUCAUGUCUUUAAAUUGGACUCUAACGUUGUUGCUUUUUUCUUGUGAAGUUGAUAACAGGUAAAGUAAGUUUUAAAAAAACACGUCUUUUGUAAAAUGCGGGGAAUUUUUUCCCCCUUCUAUAGUAUUGUAAAUUAUAAUACUCAAACAAACAAACAAAAAAAGCCUUGUGUUAAUGUUAUAAUACUCAAUAUUGUAAUAUUCAAACGAGGAAAAAAAAAGCCUUGUGUUCAUUUGUUAUAAUAUUCAAUAUUAUAAUACUCAAACGAGGGGGAAAAAAGCCUUGUGUUAAUUUGCCAUGUUAGCAUUUUUAAAACUUCAGAUAUUGAACUUUUGGAAACAUAGUCUAUGCCUUCACUACCCAUUUCAGAAUGUUUUUAUACUCUUGAAUAGUUGGACUUAUUUUUGUAAAUAUUUAGUUGAGAAAUGUGGGAUUUAUAUGUACAGUUCAUUGGAUUGAGGGAUUUAAUAAACGGUUGUUUCUUUAAAAAUGUCUUCCUUAUAUUUGUUGGGCCAUAAAUGUUGAAGAGCUGCAAUCAUUCGUCCAUUUUGUUCAAAAUUUCCUGUCAAAAUGUCUUUAAUUCAAGAAUAUUUUGAAGUUUUAUGUGUUAUGAAAUUGGACUGCUCCAUGUGGAUUGUACAUUUAUUUUACUAAAAUGCUAAUUUUGUAAUUUAAUAUUAGCUCGUGUUUCCAUGAUUUGUAUCAUACUGUAUUUAUUAUUAUGUAGUGCAAUAGAUUGUUACAGUUAAGUGCUUUUGUCAAAAUGCUCUUUUUUAUGAAAAUAAUUUUUGUUGUCUAAGAAAUUUUUGCAAAGCAUAUUUAAGUGCUUUUUAAACAUUUUCUUAAAAGAAAUGAAAAUUAUAUUUUGAAAUUAACGAAAUACUUCAAAUUACCUGAAGUUUAGUUUACUCUCAUUGUAAAUAUAUCUUGUGUAAGUGUAGUAUCAACUCUGAAGCUCUUACUCAAAACCUUUCUGUUUGCUGUAUAGUUUAUACAGCUCAUUGUGUUCAUUCUUUAAAUCAAAGUUGCUGAGAUAGCUGCUUAGAUAUACAAAAUCUCCCAAAAUACAUUUAUUUAUACUCUUAAGGACUUGGUAACAGGGUGGAAAUCAUCAGAGCUUAUGGUAACAGUUUAAUAUAAAGAAAUAUUUAAUAUAAAAUAGAGGAAUAACUUCAAAUUUAGUUUUUGAAGGUUUUUUUUUUUUUUAUUACCAAUUGUCCAUAAUCGUUGAACAGUUUGAGGUAUUUUGAAGAAUCGUUUUGGAAUUUGUAUAGGUUUUAAAAGCUCUUAUAGUCGCCUUAUUUCAUCUAUGUACUCCUAAUCUUUUUUUUUUUUUAAUCCUUCAAUUGGAAAUCUGGCUGUGGAGGAGUGUAUUUUGGAAAAUUCGUUUACUGUAAAAAGAACGAAGCUCAUUGCUUGUUGCAUACUAGAUGCCAAAACUACCUUUUAGUAAAAGUUAAAAAAAAAAAAAAAAUCAUUUAUAAAUUAUCAUGCUGUUGGUGUUCAGUUGGCUUUCUUAGCAGAUCAUAAUUUCUUUUUCUUUGAAACUGUUUGCACUAAAUGAUGUUGGGAGUAAUGCAGAACUUAUGAAUCCAAGUUCCGUAUUCUUUUGGAAGUAUGUAAAUAGUUACUUUGCAAACAAUAUAGCUAAAAGGAAGAUAUAAUUGCAUUUUAGAAUAUUUUUGUCGUCUUAAUGAUGAAUUUAAUUUAGUUUAAUGUUAUUAUAAUCUUAUUAUUGAUAGGGACUGUUUUGAUUUAGAUUUAGGGAAAAAUAUAUUUGUAAGGAUAUUAUAGGUUAAAGCAUGAAAAAAUGACUGCUGAGAAGUUCGGUUAACAUGUUUAAGCAUUCUGUUUUCUGUGGUCAUAAGUGCUAAAAAUAUAUUUCCGCUCUUUGAAUAAAUUUGUCUUGUGCACAUAUUUUGGAAGUACAAAGGUGUUUAGCUGUACAAGUAAAUAUUCUAUGUUUUGUUUUCAUAAAUUUAUGAUGCAGAUUUUAGUACCCCAUGGAAAUAAUUAAUUCAAUUUAUAUUUUUCAAAGUCUAGACUAGAUAUAUUUUUGAUGAAAAUACAUAAAGUAUUUAUUGUUCUGCAUCUCUGCUGUGAUAGGCCUAUAUUGUGCUUUAUUAAAAUAUAUCUUGCUCAUCUUUGAAAUUAAUGUAGAUGUUUCAAAAUAAUUCAUAUAUAAUGAAUUUUUUUGUUCAAUACUCUAUUUCAAUAUUUGUGACUGAAUUUUAUACAUAUGGAAUGUAUUUAUUGUUAUCUUGUCAAAAAUUUAAAGACAAAAAUGGAUUUUAAUGAUAUGUUUACUUUGUAUAUAUCAAAUUGUAUGUCUGUUGUAAUAAAUUUUUACUGU